AGCAACAGUGGAAUAAUGGAAUUAUUUCUUUCUUCCUUUCUUUCUUUCUCUCUAUUUUUUCUUUCUGUGCAGAUCGAACGUGUUAUCUUCUGUGUCUUCCUGGAGGCGGACUACAGGAUCUACAAGGAAAAAAUCCUUCAAGUCUUCCAAGAUAACGAUGUGACUACAGAAGAGGACACUGAGGAUGGACAGAAGACAGGAGCAGGCACAUCCCCUUCUAAGGAAUCCAGAAGCAAGAAUCAGAGUGAAGACCGCCAUGAUGACGAUGAGCUAGAUCCACCUAAAGAAGACGUUGACAACCACACAGCCAUGGAGCAAGAUAACCUGGACUCACAGACAGGAGAAGCAGAGGAAAAGAAAGCUGACGAGAAGAGUGAAAAUAAAGAAAUGGAGGAUGCUACUGGAGAAGCAGAGGAAAAGAAAGCUGACGAGAAGAGUGAAAAUAAAGAAAUGGAGGAUGCUACUGAACCUGAAGAGAAGGAUACGGAGAAAGAAAAGGAUACGGAGAAAGAGAAGGAGAAAGAGAAGGAGAAAGAGAAGGAGAAGGAGAAAGAGAAGGAGGAGGAGAAAGAGAAGGAGAAAGAGAAGGAGAAAGAGAAGGAGAAGGAGAAGGAGGAGGAGAAGGAGAAGGAGAAAGAGAAGGAGAAGGAUACGGUGAAAGAGAUGGAGAUAGACACCAGCGCUAGUGAACAAAUAAAUGUUAAAGUCGAGAGCUUGGAAGGAUCUGACCCAACCGACAGCACUCCGUCCAAAGAUCCUGUAGAUAAGAAGGAAUGAACAGCAGGAGGAGGGACAAUCAACCAGCCAACUGUGAAGAAAGAAAGGGCCACCACAUCAGUACCUGUGCCCGUAUGCCCUCUUAAACCGGGGGACCGGAGGCACAAGAACGAGUCAUUCACCAUGACAUAACUCAUUCCCCUAUUUUACAUUACUUUUUCAUUACUUUUUGAAUCUUUAUUAUAAUGAAAUGAUGUCAUCUGUCAUCAAUGAAAUCCAUCAUCAAUCAAUCUUUAUUACAGAAUCGGUCAUUCAUUAAAUGAUUCAUCGAUCAAAUUUGAAUAUGGAUGUAAAAAAAGAAACAUGAUAGAGGACUGUAACAUAUCAAACUGAUGCGAUACCUGGCAGUCUGUUAGAUCUAACUACUACUGCUCCUGCUACUACAACUCCCACUACCACUCCUGCUACUACUCCUAUUCCUGCUCCUGCUACUACUACUACUACUACUACUACCACUCAUAUUCCUGCUACUACUACUACUACUACAGUACUACUACUACUACUACUACUACCACUCCUAUUCCUGCUACUACUACUACAGUGCUAGUACUACUACUCCUGCUACCACUCCUAUUCCUGCUACUACUACUACUACUACUACUACUACUACUACUACCACUCCUAUUCCUGCUACUGCUACUACAACUCCUGCUACCACUCCUAUUCCUGCUACUACUACUACUACUACUACUACCACUCCUAUUCCUGCUACUACUACUACAGUGCUAGUACUACUACUCCUGCUACCACUCCUAUUCCUGCUACUACUACUACUACUACAGUACUACUACUACUACUACUACCACUCCUAUUCCUGCUACUACUACUACUACUACAACUCCUGCUACCACUCCUAUUCCUGCUACUACUACUACUACAGUACUACUUCUACUACUACUACUCCUGCUACCACUCCUAUUCCUGCUACUACUACUACUACUACUACAUAGCCAUAUAGUGCCAGAGGAAUAAACCCUCUGUUGGAAAGUCUAAUGUUCCAUUCUAGAGGCAUAUAUUGAGAAUAUGAAUAAUAUCCUAAAUAUAAUAUCUCUGUUACAUUCCAUCUAGAACAUUGUGGGAGCGUUCCAUCUAACCAUACAUUCCAUCUAGAACAUUGUGGGAGCGUUCCAUCUAACCUUAAAUUCCAUCUAGAGUCUAGAACAUUGUGGGAGCGUUCCAUCUAACCUUAAAUUCCGUCUAGAGUCUAGAACAUUCUGGGAGCAUGGGACUGUAAAAAUAUCAGAACGCCACAUUCACCAACCCAAAAUAGCUGCACCAGCUCCAGUUUGCAGACGUGAACAUUACAGGUUGGGGGUUCCGUAUACCACCACCAUCCUCUGUUCCUAACAAGCACCAUAGAACCGACACAGCACCUUGUCUGUCUGUCUGUCUGUCUGUCUGUCUGUCUAUCACUAGUUUUAACAGUCUGACAUUCAGCAGUGGAAAACAAGACGGAACAUGACAUCUUCCAGCAUUUACUAUGCUUCUGUUGAUUGCUGCGUGUAUGACUGACAUGGUCUUUGAAAAUACCUUUGACAUAGAGGAGGCAGGAGCACAUUGCAACAUCAUGGACUCACACACACACACACACAGGAGUACAUCACAGCAUUAUACCAAGUUCAGAGUGUCUGCCAUAUCUUCUUGUCACACAUUUCUUGCUGUUUCAGCGCCGAUAGCUAGUCAUGAUUAGGGUUGCAAAGGUAGGGUAUAUUACUGGAAACUUUCUACGUUUACCAGUAAACUACUAAGAUGUUGGUAUCUUUCAAGGAUUUUAUGUAAUCUAUCACAAGACAUCUAGUGGCCCUUGCUAGUGGCCCUACUUUAGAUUAUUACAGAUGUCUAAUUAUCUCUGGUCUUAUCACAUGUAAAAUAUUUGACAUAAUUAAAUAAGGGGAUUUUAAAAAUAUGGCAAAGCUGUAAAACAUUAUCCUAAAUAUAAACCACAAACUGAUGAAUACAAUUGGUUUAAAAAUAAAUACAUUGACACAGUGUAAUUCUUUUUACUUUGUCAAUAUAUAUACAUGGUGUCAAUGUUUUGGCGUUAAAUUGGUGACAGUUGUGAAGAAAAGUGAAUAGUUGGAAGAGUCGCAGAGUUAAUUGAAAAUAAUGCCAUUGUUCAUUAGAUGCUUUUAUCAAUAAUUAGACCAUAUGGUUCAAGACAAAAAAGCCUAUCUACUAGAAACCCAUGGACAAUAUGGACACAGAUAUAACAAUUAAUACUAUAUAUGAAUAUAUAUAUAUAUAUACCUUUAUAUAUAUAUUAAAGUUAUUCAAGUAUAAAGUACCAAAGUUAAGAUAAAUUGCCAUACAUUUUCUGUUAAUUACCAAAAUUACUGAAGAUUCUGAUAACUUUGGUAAAUUACCGGUAGCUUUGCAACCCUAGUCACGAUGUCAGCUACUAAUUCCUUGACACACACACACACACACACACUUCAAAAGAAUUUCAUCUCCAUCACUCAGCCCUAGCAGCUUUGCUUUCAUCAGUGAGAUAAUGCUUGAUCAUGUCUGAUGUUAACAUACACACACACACAGAGAGAGAGAGGGAGAGACACACAUACACACACAAGCUCUGGCAAUGUCUGAUGUUCAGAGAGCAGCAUCUGUAGCUGCAGACAAAGUCUGUGUCCCAACUGACACCCCCUUCCCUAUAAAGUGCAGUACUUUUCACUAGAGCCAUAUGAGCCCUGGUCAAAAGUAGUGCACGGUAUAGGGAAGGGGGUGCCACUUGAGACAUAGACAAGCUCAUUAAAGAGCUCCUUAUCAGCACCAACAAGCACUUUGAACUACAGGAUGUCUGGUGUCUUUUAAUCUUUCAACAGAUUGAUUAUGGUUCCUUCCUCUGUCGUUUCGUUCCAAUGCAUGCCAGAAUCGCUUAGAACUUCAAACAUGGGUUGUGUCCUGAAUGGCACCGUAUUCCUUAAAUAGUUAACUCUCUGGGCUCCGGUCAAAAGUAGUGCAUUAUAUAGGGAAUAGGGUGCCAUUUGGGACAGUCAAACAUUAAGCCAUUUUAAUAGUCCUCUCUCUUUUCUCUACUUAUCGUCUUUUAACCAGUUUGUCAAUAAUUGUAUCAAAUGAGUUUGCCUUAUUUCACAUUGUCAAACGUCUUCUUCAUUAUCUGUUUCUAACAGAUACUUGGGUGUAUCGCUUGCAGAUGAUUUGUAAUUGAUUAUUUACCUACUGUAACGUGAUGGCUGAUAUGUUUUGUUCUAUUGAUUCACUCUGUUACUCUCUGGGUUUCGGAAAAUUGAGCGAAAAGCAUUUAAUUUUGUUUUCCGAUGUUGUUAUCAAUUAUACAUUCACAAAUUAUUCAUUUUUAGUGUUUCCAUGCUAUACAGUACAUCCAAUGAAUAACAGUAAAGUACAGUACUAUGAAACUAUAAAUUACCAUAUGAAUUGGAGUACAGUACUAUUAAAUGAAAAUGAUGCCUUCAUAAUUUGGUGUUUUGCUUUGCUUAACAAUAAUGAGAUGAACUAAUAAAGUUUAAAGGGGGAUGGUCA